AUGCUGCAAGGAGGCCAGGAGCACAGAGACACCAUGGUGACCAUGCAGCUGCUCUUGCUGACUGUGGUUCUGACCCUGCCCUCUGUGGAGGAAGUAACCCUCAGGAAUCCUCAAUAUGUUGCCACUGUUGACAUGCUUCUAGGAAAAUGGUUCAUAACCCGUUGGGCAGGAAACAUGCCUAUCCCUGCAAAGAAGAAGUUAAGCCCGUUGCCUCCCUUCAUCUUCGCCAAAAACAUCCUUGGCAAAUUGGAGUUUAGGAUGAACAUCUCAAAACCCAUCGGAUGUGUUGAGUUCAAGAUAUAUCUGGACGAUGUGAAAUACAAACCCAGUCACUUCUACAUCUGGCCAAACCACAAUAUUUUAAUUUAUUUCCUUGGCGGGGCAGACGCUGCUAUUGCUAUCCAUGUGAGCACAAUCAACAGGCAAUUGUAUCGGAUGACAAUGCUCAUGGGGCGCAUGAUGGCUCCAAGACGAACAGUGCUAUUGGAUUUUGAAGAUCUUGUGGAGAACCUAGGGCUGAACAGAACAGACAUCAUCAACCCUAGAUGUGAUGAUUCCUGUGAGUUGUCCAGAGGAACUUUACGCAUGGAAGAGGUGCCACAGAGUCUGCACAGGAACUUUGCUCUGACACCUUUGAACUAA